AUGCUGGCCACGGGACCCAGCGGAUUCGCCCGUGAGGACCUCUGCAUAGUCUCCUACAAUGUACAAGGCCUCAAUGUCAGAGAGAAAUGCACGAGACUCCUGCGGGACCUGAAAUACUACAAGGCAUCAGUGGCGUUACUUCAGGAAACACACUUCCAAGAAGGCAGGGCACCGACCCUGAAGGACCGCAACUUCCACACGGGAUAUUUCAGCCACAACCCUGACAGGCGCACACAGAGAGUCUGCAUCCUCUUCUCAAGACGAGUCCCAUACACAGAGCAAGCAUAAAACCAGAACAAAGAGUAAGCGCUGAAUAACACAACUUAGCAGCAACCCUAUAAGGGAAUCCCUCAAAAACCCUUAGAAUAAAACACAAAGAAUACAAGGAAAGGGCUGCGCUUAAAAAAUACUUUAAAAGAUAUUAAGAGUCCGGAUAAAAUUAAUGAAAAAAGGAAGAAGAUCUUAUCUUGCAAUGUCCGUAGUGUUUAGUCCGGAACAAUAAUCUUGCUUUCUAUCUUCCUUAUGGAAGAUAGCAAGCAACCUUAAGAAGCAAACAGGGCAGGUACAUCUUUAUGAAAGGCACGAUACUAGAUCAAACAUACACAUUCGCCCCAAACACACAACAAUACCACUUCCUCCGAAACACCCUGAUGAAAUUAGCAGAAGGCACCCUAAUCAUAGGAGGAGACCUCAACCUGGUGCUACACCCAGACCAGGACUCGACGUCCACACAUGGAACUACACCACUCAACAGAUACGGCAACAUGCUCCGCCUCCUACACCACCACCAGCUGGUAGACUGCUGGAGAGCACUGCACCCUUCGGCCCGGGACUAUAUGUUUUAAGCAACGACCCACGCAACAUACACAAGACUAGACUACUUCCUAGUGACGCAUUACAACCUGGCCUAACUCAGCAACGCGGAAAUUCUGCCAAUGACCAGGUCGGAUCACUGCCCAAUCCGCAUGCGGAUGAAAUCACCACUGUUCAAACCCAAACAGAUGUCAUGGCGACUGAACGAAUCGAUCCUUUCCAACGCAAUAGUAACGGACCAGAUCAGCCACUAUAUACAAGACUACUUCAGGGACAACGAGACAGACGACGUGACCCCACUGACCUGUUGGGAAGGUUAAAUCAUAGCAAUCUGCGCGACCCGCAAGCAGACGGCGACACAAGAGAUGCACGAACUCAGCAAAGAAUACGCACCCUAGGAAGCACUAGAGGAACCUAUCACACCAGAAGAACUGGCGCACGCCAUCAAAAAAGAAAAAACGGGUAG